CGUCUCUGACGCAAUUUUAACGUCGCGUUAUACAUGGUGGGAGGCGUCGCGACGCUUAAGCGAUCCCAGGAUCCAAAUCUUCAAAAAACUCAGAAUCGUACGAACUUCCAUCGCGGCCGCAUUAAAAUUUUAAUUUUCAAAAAAAAAAAAAGAAGCAUAAAGGCCCAACUAACAAAAGUUAACAAACGAAAUUAAAAUACGAAUUAAUUAGAAAAACCUUUUUUUUUUAAUCAAAUUUCUUAAGUGAAACGAAAAUGGUUUACGAGAGCGAUUUCUACACGACCCGACGACCCUACACGCGACCAAUCGUGUCUUCUUACAGCGUCACGACCCCCUACAUCAUCCCCAUCUCUUCUAAUAUUCAGGUGAGGACAAUACCUUACUUGCCAUAUGUGGCUCAUAAGAGGCUCGUCACCAUUAUUCACACACCUGCUCAUUCUUAUUAUACUGGAUCUCCAUUAUCUCCUGUAACUGUGAGAGUAAAUUCGCGAGUAAGGCCCAGUAUCCUUGCAGCAGAACUCAACAGGAUACGCGAUCGACAGAGGCCAUCUUCUGUAUCGUACACUGAAAAAUAUCUUAACUCCAGGCCAAACAUUGAAUUCGACGAUGAAGCCAGAGAAAUUAGAGCGCGAGCUGAUGCACUCCUUCGUAGAAUUCACGUCUUCGUUCCAAAACCAUCGCCCAGACGAUUUUUUUUCGUUUAUUUUCCAUCGACACGCAGCGACUACAUUGACGAAAAUUUAAGGAGUGAUUAUAUUAGACGUCUUUUAAAUACGAGGGAACACAUCAGAAAGGAUCUUGAAUAUCUUAAUCUUUGGUAUCAAACGCCAGAAUGCCGUAAUUUGGGAGAAGGACAUUUGGCAUGUGUGCGAUACGUUGGAGGAAGACCACAAUCAAAAAGAAGGCCCUAUUAUAAACUUGCCGAUUUAACGGCAACCGAUGUUAGAAAUGAUGUCAAUUUUCUCAGCUACUAUCGCAAAAAUCGUCUGGCUGCAGACAAAUCUUUGCCCGAAGUACCGAUGACCGAAAGGGAAUUAAGAAAGGCUCGAGCCUUAGAAACCGAAUGGUCAAUUGCCCAGAAGGAAAAAGAAACGGCGAGAAUUGAAGAAAUUAGACCAGAAGAAGAAGAAGAAGAGGAGAUUGAACCUGUUCGUGAGAAAGUCAAGGAGAAAAAGGAAAAGAAGGAAAAAAAAGAUAAAAAACGAAAGGAAGAGGAAGCUGAAAUUGAAGAUGAAGAAGGUCGAAAGAAGGCGGAGGAAGAAGCAAUUAAAAGAGCCGAGGCAUUUUUGGCAAAGCGAAUCGAAGAAGCCAGAAUACAAGAAGAGAAGAGACUGAAAAUAGAGGCGGAACAGAAGAGAUUGGAGGACGCUGCAGAAGCUGCGAGAUUGGCUUUGAUAAAAGCUGAGGAGGAAGCUCGUUUGGCCGAAAUUGCCGAACAAGAGAGAUUAGAAGCUUUAAGAAGAGCCGAAGAGGAACGAAUGGAAGAAGCUCGUUUGGAAGCCGAGAGAUUAAUAGAGGCGGAAAGGAAAGCAGUUCAGGAACGACUGCGUCUGGAGGAAGAGAUGCGCAAAGCUGCUGAAAGAAGAGCCGAAGAAGAGAGAAUGUAUAGAGACGCUGUGGAGGCGGCAGCUGAAGAUGAAGAGGAACGUCUCGCUAAGGAAUUGGCUGAGGAAAAUCGCAAUCGACGACAGGAUGAUGAAGAAAGAUUGGUUGCUGUUACAAACGCUGUACCAAGUUUAGACGAAGUUAAAGAAUACGACGAUCGCACUGAAGACAGUUAUGCUCAUCGCAAUCUUUCCGAUCAUGAGAAAGAAGAAAAUCCCGACGAUCCAACUGUCGAAGACAAUACUCAGGUUGAAGAGGAAGGAGAAGAAGAUAUUGAACACGAUGGCUCAGAACCAAUAGUCGAUGACUUCCAAGGACCAGAAAGUCAUCACGAAAUGGUUGAGACGAUAGAAGAUUCACCACAAAUAGAAGAAGUUUUUUCCACUCGUCAAGAAUCUGUCGAGGAACAAGAAGACGAAGACGCAUAAAUUUACAUCUCCCCCAAAAUUCGUAUUUAAAAAUCUCAUUCAUAAUCUAAUUCCUCUCGUGGAAUAAUCAUAAAAGAAAAAUUUGAUAAUUAGAAAAUACAUUUACGAAUCAAAAAUAAUAAUCACACAGUAAAAAAAAAUAGAAUUUAGUUACAAAUUUAGCAAAAAGAAAAAUUUUUUUUAAAUCAGAAAUUAAAUUAUAUUUUUUUCUAGAUCAUUAUUUAUUUUCUUGAACAAGAAAUAAUAUACAUAUAAUAUAUUUUCUGAAAAUCGUGAAAAGUAUU